AUGCUUCAUAUUUUCAGGCGUCGUAUCUCUCGCAGUGUCGCGGGCAUCGUCAACACUCGUGCCGCCUCGUCUCAAGCAAACCCGCGUGGACGUGGACUCAACGCUGUCUUACAGAAGAACCCUGAUGAUGUUGUCAUAACGUUUGCAAAGAGGACGGCUCUGGGAAGGGCACGUAAAGGCCAACUGAAGGACAUACCCGUUGACGAAAUGCUGACGGCAAUGCUAAAGGCUACGUUUGCACAAACACACCUAGAUCCAAGUAAAAUUGAAGAUAUUUGCGUCGGCACUUGCCAUCCCCCGUCGCCGCUGUACGUUUCGCGAGCAGCAGCGUUAGCGGCAGGCAUCCCGUCCCAUGUCCCUAUUACUACUGUCAACCGACUGUGUUCAUCUGGCCUAAUGUCAAUACGAACCAUCGCACAUGCAAUACAGGCCGGGGAAAUCACUCUAGGUCUUGCGAUAGGUGUUGAGAGCAUGAGUCUGAACCCACGACCCACUCCAGAGCUUGUCGACACAGUUGCCAGUCAUUCCAAAGCCGCGGAUGCCAUACAACCAAUGGGUUGGACAUCAGAGAUGGUCGCCCUGGAUUAUAAUGUCCCUCGUACGAAGCAAGACGAGUAUGCGCUCUUAUCACAUACCCGGGCCAAUGAGGCUUCUUCUCAAGGUAUUCUCGCAGAAGAGAUUCUUCCCAUCGAAAUCCGUGGCACCACCAUUUCCGUGGAUGAUACAAUCCGACCAAAUGUUACGAUGGAAUCCCUCACAGCUCUCAAACCUGCCUUCCCUCAAUGGGCUCCUGCAACCACAACCGCUGGUAAUGCUAGCGGUAUUGGCGAUGGGGCUGCUAUAUGCAUUAUGACAACGAGGGAACGAGCUGAAAAGGAAGGACUGCCGAUCAUAGGGAAAUGGGUUGGCGCUGCGGUUGUCGGUGUUGAGCCUAAGCAUAUGGGUGUAGGGCCGAUUGAUGCUAUCCCAAGAGUAUUGGAUCAAUUCGGAUUAAAGAAAGAAGACAUUGACCUAUGGGAGAUCAACGAGGCUUUUGCGUCGCAAUUCGCCUUCUGCGUUGAGGAAUUGGGGAUUCCCAUCGAGAAAAUCAAUGUCAACGGCGGAUCCAUCGCUAUCACUCACCCGGUGGGCAUGACCGGCACCCGGCAAGUUGCCACUGGUCUGGCAGAAUUGAGACGUUCCGGAGGUCAUCUUCUAUGCACAAGCAUGUGUAAAUCCAAAAUGGCCACCCAAAUCAGCAAGAAGCGCAAGUUCGUGGCCGACGGUGUCUUCCGCGCCGAACUCAACGAAUUCUUCACCCGAGAGCUCUCUGAGGAGGGAUACUCUGGAUGUGAUGUUCGUGUAACCCACGCCCGCACUGAGAUUAUCAUCCGUGCUACUCGUACCCAGGAGGUCCUUGGAGAGAAAGGACGCCGCAUCCGUGAACUCACAUCUCUCGUUCAAAAGCGUUUCAAGUUCCCCGACAACUCCCUCGAACUCUUCGCCGAGAAGGUCCAAUACCGUGGUCUAUCUGCCGUUGCCCAGUGUGAGAGCUUGAGGUACAAACUCCUUGGUGGUCUUGCCGUCCGCAGGGCUUGCUACGGUGUCCUUCGUUUCGUCAUGGAAUCUGGCGCCAAGGGUUGCGAAGUUGUCGUUUCUGGCAAGCUUCGCGCUGCCCGUGCUAAGUCCAUGAAGUUCACCGACGGCUUCAUGAUCCACUCCGGUCAACCCGCCCGCGACUUCGUUGACUACGCUGUCCGCCACGUCAUGCUUCGUCAAGGUGUCCUUGGUAUUAAGGUCAAGAUCAUGAAGGGCCACGAUCCCGAGGGACAGACUGGACCCAGGAAGCCCCUCCCAGACUCCGUUCAAAUCUUCGAGCCCCCUGUCGACAAGGUUGUGGGUGAGCCAUCGUCAGAACAAAAAGACCCCAUCGCCGUCCCUGCGCCCGCCGCUCCAGCUGAGGAGGCCUACGCUCCUCAGGAGCCAGCUUACCAACAGCCGGAAGGCUAUGGUGCUGAGCAACCUGUAUUCUGA